AAGAAGUUAAAAAAAUCGCCGAAUGCAGCCAAUGCAACGAUAGAAUGCUUAUUUGGCCUGAAGUUUCUCUCCCUGGUGUGGGUGAUCGUUGGACAUUCCUUUGCAUGGAUACAGGUAAGCUACGUCGAAAAUGUGGAAGAGUAUCGGGCGGACCUUUCGAAUAGUUUUUUCAGCACUUUGAUAACAAAUCACACUCUCAGCGUUGCUAAUUUCUUCCUUAUCAGUGCAACUCUUACGUCUUACACGUGGUUCAACAAAACGCGCAAAUGCUUCCGAGCUUGUAUCCGCAUAAUCCAUCAGUAUAAUUUAGAGAAACCAACGUGGUACAGCUGCUCUUAUUGGUUACGCUUUUAUCGUCACAGGCUGAUCCGUCUUUGGCCGGCUUAUCUUUACUCGCUUUCGGUGCUUACUUUUCGUUCCUCAACAGCUAUGUAUCAUUCGAUUUGGAGUGCCGGUGAUCCAUAUGUGCAGUGCAUUCCACACUGGUGGCAAAAUAUCUUAUUUAUAAAUAUUUUUGGCGGUAAUGAAUGUCUCGGAUGGACGUGGUACAUUAGUGUCGAAUUUAUCUUUUUUGCAUUUUCCCCCAUAUUUCUUCUUCUUUUACGCGAUAAAACAAUGUAUGGAUAUGUGUUAUCGUUUACUGUGAUUAUCACGAGCAGUGUUAUUGUCGGCUUGCAGCUUUAUGUGAAUAAUUAUCCGGCAUCACCGCUACCGUGGACUCGCACAGUCAACUACGAUCCGAGCUUCUACAAGGUUCGCUUUCCUUGA